UCGUUUGUGGAGCGAUGAAAACGUGGGGUCGAAGGGACCUCGGAGGCGCGGAGCGCAGUUGACCAGUGAAAAGAGGAGCUCCGAAUCGAGGCGGAGCGCUUCGGUGUUCUUGUGAUUCGUGAGCUGAUCCACUCUUCGAAUUCGAACGAAGAAUCAAUCAAUCCUGAUGCAGCAUCAGAAGAAGAACUUCAGGAAGCGGUCUCUCGAAGAGGAAGAAGGCCAAGGAGGAGAGAACGAGCCGAAAAGCAGUCACUCUGAUGACGAGGAAGAACGAAGAUUGGCGUUGGAGGAGGUGAAGUUUCUCCAGAAACAGAGGGAGAGGAAAUCUGGGAUCCCCGCCGUCCUGAAGGCUCAGAAAAGCGGCGUCGGGGCUCGCGUGGGCUCGGCUGCGACGCUGGUCGAGAAGAGCGAAGGCGACGGUGAAAAGGAGGACUUGGUUCUUCAAGACACUUUUGCUCAGGAGACUGCGGUCAUGGUUGAAGAUCCUAACAUGGUAAAGUAUGUUGAGCAAGAAUUGGCGAAGAAAAGGGGCAGGAACAUUAAUAAAAGUGAUCAACUGGCGAAUGAUAUAAAGAGUGCGGAAGAUGAACUGUACAAGAUUCCAGAGCAUCUCAAAGUGAAGGGGAGAACUUCGGAUGAAGGCUCUACCCAGUGGACAACUGGGAUUGCUGAGAUUCAGCUUCCUAUUGAAUACAAGUUAAGAAACAUUGAAGAGACAGAGGCUGCUAAAAAGCUCCUGCAGGAGAAGAGGCUCAUGGGAAGGACAAAGUCCGACUUUAACCUCCCCUCAAGUUACAGUGCAGAUUAUUUCCAUCGUGGCAGAGAUUAUGCUGAAAAACUUAGAAGAGAGCAUCCUGAGCUGUACAAGGACCGUAGUUCACAGGAUGAUGGUGCUGGAUCAAAACCAGCAGAUGAUAGCGCUGAUGCACCUGGACAAAGGCAAGCUGCAACAGAUGAAUUUAUGCUGGAACGUUUUCGAAGACGGGAGCGCCACCGGGGUAUGAGGAGAUAAUUAUGAUUGGUUUUUUGCUUCUCCGAGCUGCAUUUGCAUGGACAGUUAUACAUCUAAAACUAGAAAGAUGUAGGCUCCAACAACAGAAACUUCGGGCAAAGCCGAUAUUCUCUGAUGAGUUACUUUUGAGUUAUUCAAUGGAGGGCCUCCUCUUGUUCAUUGUUAACUGGACAUGGAUAUUGGUGUUGUGGAAUUCUGAGUGGAAAGUUCAUAGUCUAAUGUAUCAGUUUUCUUCCUGAAGGAUUCAUGUAAGAACCGCAUGAUCCAGUCCA